UCCUGUUGCUCAGAGGAGGCAGGCCGGUGAUUUUCCACUGCUGCUGAUGUCUCUGGUCCCCCGGUUUUAAGAGACAAAGGUCAGAAAGAGAAGCUUAUAAAUAGGCUAAAAUAUAAGCUUCCGACGCGUCCACACUUCAGUCGCUCUCACGGACACGGGAGGACACGGACAAGACUAACCUGACAAGGGACCGAGCGCAAAGGACAUUAAAAGGACAAAAUAACAGAAAACAUCACAUCAUCGUAGCAGAAUGGCACAAAAAGAGAAACUUCAGUGUCUGAAGGAUUUCCAUAAGGACACGUUGAAGCCGUCUCCUGGUAAGAGCCCUGGCACUCGGCCUGAAGACGAGGCGGAGGGCAAACACCCCCAGAGGGAGAAGUGGGCCAGCAAGUUGGACUUUGUCCUGUCUGUGGCCGGCGGAUUUGUAGGUUUAGGGAACGUGUGGCGUUUCCCUUACCUCUGCUAUAAGAAUGGUGGAGGUGCGUUUCUCAUCCCCUACUUCAUUUUCCUGUUUGGCGGAGGUCUGCCAGUCUUCUUCCUGGAGGUUGCCCUGGGUCAGUUCACCUCUGAGGGCGGCAUCACCUGCUGGGAGAAGCUUUGUCCCAUUUUUACUGGUAUUGGCUACGCUUCCAUUGUGAUUGUAUCCCUCCUGAAUAUCUAUUACAUCGUCAUCCUCGCCUGGGGUCUGUACUACUUGUUCCAGUGUUUCCAGCCAGAGUUGCCCUGGGCCAAGUGCAAUCAGCCCUGGAAUACAGAUCAAUGCAUUGAGGACACCUACCGCAAGAACAAAACCAUCUGGGUUGCCGCCAACGCCUCCAACUUUACCUCCCCCGUCACAGAGUUUUGGGAACACAAUGUGCUGGGCAUCAGCAGCGGCAUCGAGGAGAUCGGCCCCGUUAAAUGGGACUUGGCCCUGUGUUUACUCCUUGUCUGGGUCAUCUGCUUCUUUUGUAUCUGGAAGGGCGUGAAAUCCACCGGAAAGGUGGUCUACAUCACGGCCACGUUCCCGUUCGUCAUGCUCAUCGUCCUGUUGAUCCGCGGUGUAACUCUGCCUGGUGCUUCUGAAGGCAUCAAGUUCUACCUGUAUCCUGACCUCGAACGCCUCAAGGACCCAGAGGUGUGGAUUGAUGCCGGCACUCAGAUCUUCUUCUCCUAUGCCAUCUGUCUGGGCGCCAUGACGUCCUUGGGGAGCUACAACAAGUACAAAUACAACUGCUACAGGGACUGUUUGCUGCUGGGAGCCCUCAACAGUGGUACCAGUUUUGUGUCUGGCUUCGCAAUAUUUUCCGUCCUGGGCUUCAUGGCACAAGAGCAAGGGGUGGACAUUGCUGAGGUGGCAGAGUCAGGUCCAGGCCUGGCAUUCAUUGCCUACCCCAAGGCUGUUACCAUGAUGCCUUUUCCUACACUCUGGGCAAUCCUCUUCUUCAUUAUGCUGCUGCUGCUUGGCCUCGACAGUCAGUUUGUGGAGGUGGAAGGGCAGAUCACAUCACUGGUGGAUCUGUAUCCGUCCUUCCUAAGGAAGGGUUACUGCAGAGAGGUCUUCAUCGCCAUCAUCUGCUGCAUCAGCUACCUGUUUGGACUUACCAUGGUGACCAAGGGUGGCAUGUAUGUUUUCCAGCUGUUUGACUACUAUGCAGCGAGCGGUGUGUGCCUUCUGUGGGUGGCAUUCUUUGAAUGUAUAGCUGUUGCCUGGGUUUAUGGCGCUGAUAAUUUUUAUGAUGCAAUUGAGGACAUGAUUGGCUACAGACCAAAUCCUUGGAUGAAAUGGAGCUGGACUGUUGUCACUCCUUUACUGUGCAUGGGCUGCUUUAUCUUCUCUUUGGUCAAAUACAAGCCAUUGAUGUACAACAAGCUGUACCAGUAUCCUGACUGGGCCAUUGGAAUAGGCUGGACUCUGGCCUUGACCUCCAUGAUCUGCAUCCCCAUGGUGGUCGUCAUCAAGAUCAUUCGGUCUGACGGGCCCCUCAUCGAGAGGAUCAAGGCCGUGGCGGCCCCGGUGCGUGGAGGGGCCAGCUCCCGCCCCGCGGACCACCGUGUCCCCAACGAGCUCACCUGCCCACUGGACCCCAAUGGAAACAAGGGGCUAAUGAUGAAGGCCCCCACCCACACCAUCGUAGAAACCAUGAUGUAAAGGGGUGAGGAGGAGGCUCUCCAUGAGAACGCCCUCUUCUCCUCUCCUGUCCUCUGAAACGCUUCUAAAGCUAGCUAGCUAUCUGUCUGUCUGUCUGUGUCUUUCUGGUGGACUGAUGAGGGUUUUAAGGAAAAAAAGACAAGAACCUCACAUUUGAAAUCUUUUAGGAAUGCUUCAAAAUCUGUUUGCAGUUGAGGAAAAUGAUUAUUACAAUUCCAAACUGUUAAGUGCAUUGUUUUCCUUUAUAGUUCCCAUGUGAGGUACAUUAGCAGCGACCACUGAUCAUAAGCUGGUCGCUUGUUUCUUCACUGAUGUCCACAGAUAAUCAGAGUUUGUUCCCAAAAAAGAACAAAGUUAUGUCUUAGAUUUAUGGAAAGGAAACACAUUCAAGUCACUGCUGAUGCUAAAA